CAUGGGGGAGAGCGUCUGUGGCCAUGCUCUUCUGCGGCUUCAUCAUCCUGAUCAUCUGCUUCAUCCUCUCCUUCUUCGCCCUCUGCGGACCCCAGAUGCUGGUCUUCCUGAGAGUAAUCGGAGGCCUCCUCGCCCUGGCUGCUGUGUUCCAGAUCAUCUCCCUGGUCAUCUACCCUGUGAAGUACACCCAGACCUUCAACCUCCAUGACAACCCUGCGGUCACUUACAUCUAUAAUUGGGCCUAUGGUUUCGGCUGGGCGGCCACGAUUAUCCUGAUCGGCUGUGCCUUCUUCUUCUGCUGCCUGCCCAACUACGAAGAUGACCUGCUGGGCAAUGCCAAGCCCAGGUAUUUCUACACCUCUGCCUGAGGCGGGAGGCGAGCGAGACAGGCUCGAGCCGAGGGCACCCGGAGGAGGCGAACCUUCACAGGCCUCUGGCAUCUGUUUCGGCAGCGUCCGGAAGCUGCAGCCCGCUUCGAACCUCUUUUGGCAGUGUUCAUAGGGUUAAACUGGUCGGAAAUGCUAAAAUAGUUUGGGAGAAAAUAUUUCUUAGGUUGUGUUAUAGUUUCAUAUUCCUCUGUGUUUUGUAGAAUUUAUAAAAAGAUGUUUCUUUUUACUAGUUACUUAAAAUAUGCCAAUAUCUCCUAUGUCUGUCUAUAGCCUUUAUACGGCAUUUAUAAAAGAAAACAAACUUGAAAGGUAGAAAUGUGACAGCUUCCGGCAUGUAGUAAUCUGAUCAAGUUUGGGGUUUUUCUCCCCCAGAUAGAAUGGAUUGUUUAUAUUAAGGGCUAAGGAGAAGAGGAACUAUUGGUAAAGAUUGUGUGUAACCAAACAUUCUAAAAUUAAUGUAAAACAAAAACUCUUUAUUUUCAAGUAAAGAAGCAAACUAGUUUCCCAAAUGCGUAUCAUUUUUGAGAGUUUAUAAUUCAUAUCCUAGUAAUUGUUUUUUGGUACACUGCACAUUGACUUGGUUUUUACACAGAAGGAAGUAUUUCUCUGUGGCCCAAGCAGAUUGCAGUAGUGAGGCCUCUUUAAGUACAAAAAGGCUAAGGUGAAAUUUGCUCUUUUAAUGAAAGUAGCUUACAGGGUUAGGGUGUGGGGAAACGCUGUAUUAAUAAAUCUGUACUGCUUUGUGUCUAUGGUCAGGACCUAUGUAGGGUUGAAAGAUGGGCCCGAUCUGAGUCACUGACUGAUGGGAGUGAUGAAGCCAUGGUAGUAAGGCGUUAGGACGGAAGUGCCAUUGAAACAGGACAAGGGGAAGAAAUGACUUGAAUUUUUCAUCUCUGGUUUAGCUGGGCUCUAACUACAUAGACACAGCUCUGUUAGAUUUUAACUGUCACAGAAACCUAAAUAUAGUUAAAAACCUGGUCUUUCUUGGUAAAAUGUCUAAUGUAAAACACACAACAGGAGAAUUCGGGGAGAUGAAUUUCUCUGAACAUAUAUUGGAUGAAUUGUUAUUAUUUUUUUACCAUUUAUACUGACAUAAUGAAAACCAACUCAUUUUAUAUCGCAAAUUACUAUUUUGUAAGUUGUACCACAAGCAAUGAAAGUUUUCAUUAUGUUUUUUCUCAAUAAACCAGGUGUUAAAAUCUUGA